AUGUCAUUCGAUAUUGUUGAUAAACUCAAUAGAGAAUUUGAACGUGGUUAUAAUAAUGGCCAAGUCAAAGAAGCUGUUACUACCUAUGCUAGUGAUGGACGGCUUUUUGCUAACGAUAAACAAGUUUAUGAAGGUUUAAGUCAAAUUGAAAAAUAUUACACUAAUGCAAGAGCUGCUGGAAACCCUAAAGUUGAAUUACGUACUGGACAAGUUAUUCCAUGUGGCUCGGAUUAUCUUGUUGAAAUAAGUCAAUACAAAAUUAAUACUGAUGGUGGAAAUUAUGUCGUUGUUUGGAAAAAAGAUGGUGGACAAUGGAAAAAAAUCAUUGAUAUUUUCAAUUGA